GAGUACUCUUGUAAAAAACGCGAAGAAAGGUGGCUUGAAACCAGAGCGCAAUAAUAUUUAUUUUUUUUUUACACCGCGCGCAGUGUUUACGACUGAAAACUGAGGCGAAAAACUGUCGGUGGGACUAUCACGAAAUUAUAUGUAUUUUCCCACAACGACGAGCAUGCUGAAAUUGUGAUAUACGCAUACAUAAUGCGCUGACAACUCUUAUUUUUGGAGGCGUCUAUAGAAAAAUUCGAACCAAACCGUGUGUGUUUAUUUUAUGCGAUUCGAAUUGUUUGUUUGCUUAACUUACGUGAAACGGAGGUGAAAUCUCGCAUUUUCCAUUUUCCCCCCCAUUUGUUUACUGGCUGGCCUGAAAGAGAGGAAAAGUGAAAAGUGUUAUCCGACGAGGCGAAACGGAAGGCGAAAAAACCAAAACGAUCUAGAGAUAUGUGUACAUAGCACAUAAAUUGCAGAUUGAGGCCAAGACAAGGCAAGAAGAAGACGACGACGACGACGACGGCGAAGAACCUGAAAACUAGAGAUCUUGACGAGGUAGCAGCCAGUCCAACCAGCCAGAUGUAUAGCCUGCCCAGGAAUGCUGGCCUACUUACGAGCGCGAUCCUGCUGCUGCUGAUGAUGGGCUCCCUGUGCUGGGCCAUUGAGGAAUCCUCUCCAGCUUCUGCUCCUCCCCCAGCUGCCCGCCCAUCGCCUCCGCCCACAGUGAAGCUCAACAAGUGCUGCCACUCGGGGGAGUACCUCAAUGAGACGAGCGGCGCCUGCAUUGCCGGCAGCGAAGCCCUGUGGCUGCCCAUGGUCUACCUGGUGCAGCAGCAGCGCUUCUUCGAGCCCCACGGCGCCAGUCCGCGCUUCCUCAAGUUCCUGCCCAACAUCAGGCCCUCCUGCCGCAGCGAUCAAACCACUGAGCUCUUCCGCAGCCGCGGCGCCAACGUUAUGCUCUUCCCCAAUGGCACUUUGUAUGUGCGAGAGCGAGGACUGUUGGUCCAGCCGGUGGACUACUGUGUCGACUGGGAGGUGGCCCUGGUGUGCCUGAACAGUCCGCCAGCCGACGCGCUAGAGGCUCCCUCGGCCGCGCAGAAGGAUGCUCCGGCCAAUCUGCGCCUGAGCAAGUGCUGCGGCCGCUGGGGCAGCUACAACACUCAGCUACAAAACUGCGAACUGCAGUCCAACGGCCAAAAGCCCAACGAUGGACUCCUGCGACUCGCGCCACAGCUUCCCGAGGGCAGCUACAUGACCAGCUACGGCCUGCCCGUCUGCGCCCGAUCAGGGGGCUACUCCAUAGCCGGGGACUGGCGUGAUGCCAGGCUGGAUCGGAUCACGGGCGGUCUCCAGUUGCCGCACAAGAACCUCAGCGCCGAACAGUACUGCCUGGAGCACACGGAGCGCAAGGGCGAGGUCAAGAUCAUAGCCUGCCAGCAUUUGUUUAGGGCCGAGGGAGAUGGCUCACUGGAGGGAUCCACCGAAGACGUUGUCGAGGCUGUCAGUGGACAGAACCUGCAGAAGGCCGUCCUCACCGGCGGUAUACUCGUGUCCAUCGUCUUUUUAGCCGCCACUUUGGCGGCCGGCUUCCUGCUGCCCACUGCGCAUCAUGCCCUCCACUGGCGGUGCCAAAUUUGCUAUGUCACCUGCCUGUUGAUCGGCAAAAUCCUGUUGGCCAUCGAGGAGCUGAGCUCCUCACUGCAGCCGGGAACUUUGACCUGCCAUACGCUGGCCAUCAUGAUGCAGUUCUUCUUUCUGGCCGCCUUUUUCUGGCUGAACACCAUGUGCUUCAAUAUCUGGUGGACCUUCCGGGACUUUCGACCCAGCUCGCUGGAGCGCAACCAGGAGACGCUGCGGCGGUUCCUGUAUUCCCUGUACGCCUGGGGCGGACCGAUGCUCAUCACCUUUGCGGCCGCCUGUGUGGAUCAGCUGCCAGAGACGACGCUACUCCAGCCGGGCUUUGGCCAGCUGUACUGCUGGUUCGACAAUCGCAACCUGUCCAUCUUCGCCUACUUUUACGGACCCAUUGGCCUGCUGCUGUGCGCCAAUAUAGCGCUCUUCGUAUCCACAACCCAUCAGCUGACAUGCGGCCUGUGGAAGCGGGAGGAUGUGAAGUCAUCCUCGGAGAAGUCUGCGCUGGGCAGGGUCUGCCUGAAGCUGGUGGUCGUGAUGGGCGUCACCUGGAUAGCGGACAUUCUGUCCUGGCUGGUGGGUGGACCCCACGGCGUAUGGUUCUUCACCGACCUGAUCAACGCCCUGCAGGGCGUGUUCAUCUUCAUCGUGGUGGGCUGUCAGCCGCAAGUGUGGACCGCCUGCCGCAGGAUCUUCUGCCCGAGGUUGCGACACGACAUCACCAACACGACGAACGGAGUCCAGCACUCGAGCAGCUCGCAGGGAUUGCCAUCGAUGGCCGGCGGCACGGAGAUCACCCAAAACACCACCAUGCCCAGCAGUCCGGCCGCGGACAGUGGACUGGAGGAGGACAUACCGGAGAAGACCCACAAUCCCCCCGUGCCCGUCGUCAAAAUGGAGACUGUUUGCUAAACACAACUGAGACGCGGAGCGACAAUGCGAAAGUCAGGCCCCGGAUACAAAAGUCCAGACCUCGAACGAGCGAAAUAAUGGCAAUGGGCAGCUCAAGAAAAAAAAAAAAGAAAAACCAAAACGAACAAAAAGCUGGAGUUUCGCGGCGAGAGAGGCACACACUUGCGCAAUCGCAACAAAAACUACAACAACAAAAGCCGAGCUGCUGACCAGCUAAUUGCGUGCGCGUGUGUGUGUGUAAGCGUCUUGCGCGUGAUUUUGAAAUCGGCCAACAACCGCUGUGGAACAGAAAGUACUCAGUAUACGCCAGUAUUCAACUUCAAUUUGAGCCAGCACAAAGAAACGUAUUAUUUUAUUCAUCAUCAUCAUCAUCACCAUCAUCAUCAGCUCAUCUUCAUUGCUCGAAGCAGUAAAAGCAGAAUAACGGUAGAGCAGUUCGGGUCACAUUAACACGUUCUAAUUGGACACUCUGGUCAGUGUUGCGAAAUGCCUGAAACUGGAAUGUGCAGCCAAACAGGAAUUCACAUUGGACAAAACAAAAGAUUGCUAUUGUUGCUGUUGCUUUGGCUCUUUCUUCAAAGCACUUCUAAGCAACAAUUUACAAAAAAACAACAGAAAAUCUGUAUAUGUAUGUAUGUGUUUGGCAACCACAAGGAAUUCGCUGUUGAGGCACUUUUGUUGUUGUUUAGUUAAGAUCGCUGCUCUGCUUUUUCCGACUCAAAUCUCAAGUGUGAGAAAAACAGCCGACACACAUGCACACUCAUAUCGGAUGUUUAACAUUUAAAUUAGCUGAUUCAGAUUUGAAUUCCCCGAUUUCCAUUCACUUGACACUGCUUGCAUCCAGUUUUUGUAUGUGUUUGACGUUUUCCAUUGCCUAAUCACUUUUUUUUUGGUUUUUUUUUUCUUUUUACUGAAAUACUGGAAUAACAAUGCUGACUAGAACUAUUUUUAUGUUUGCCGCAUGAUCUUUUUCCUUGGAAAAAAUGUUUAAAAUGUUUUUUUUAUGCCUAGAGUAAACAAACGAAAUUUAUUUACUCCAAGGCAUAAACAGAAACAGAAACGCCACAAAUUGAUCAUCAGAAGAUCAACGAUACUUAUCGAUCAAGGUUAAAUGGUAAAAAAGAAAGCGCGCUUAAUUAAACAAUGAUAAAUCCGUAUUGUAUUCCCCCCCCCAAACGUAUUUUAUGUACUUUAGGUCUUUCAACCGCAGAAACUACAAUGCAGUACAAUUAUUAUUUCUCAUUAUUUUUAUUUAAUCAAUUAAUUAUUUUUUUUAAUAACCUAAUAUUAAUUUAUUGCUCGAGUUACGACGAGUUUACACGUUCAACGUGCGUGAGUAACAUUUGUAUUAUGUAGUGUAACUUCCAAAGUGUUCAGGCCAAAAGUAAUUCUCCCCGUACUAAAGAGCGGUCAUACUGAUGCUGGUAGGAUUCGAAUGUUUAUAUAUAUUUACUUGUACAUAAUCAACGAGGAAAGCGCUUUCUUCUCCUAUGUAGUUUAUACAUUUCUCUUAAUCCUAAGCAACGAAUCGAAAAUGAAAUUAUCGAAUGACUGAGACAAAGGCAGCGAAUACUUUACACCAACAUAGAUUGUAAUUUUGAUACUAACUAUUGACUAUUGUAAAUAAACGUAUUUUGUACACCACCCUAUUGGCUAAGCUAUUGAUGUAUAUAUAUUGAAUACCUUUAAAUGUGAAUGAAAAACAUCGAUUGUUAACCCAAUUGUCCCAAACCGAAAUCGAGUCCCAUCCCUGUAUCCUCACAACGAAUAUACCCUAAGUUCUAGCCCUUAUAUCGAUGCUAAGUCCCUACGAAACACCAAACUGUUGUUAACUUAGCCUAUAACUAAGAAAAUAUCGAAAAAGUCUGCAAAGCAACGCCUACGCCCUCGAAAGCGAUUUUCGAACGACUUCCCGCGAGAGCAAGAGUAUUUUAACGAUAAUUAUCAUAUAAUGUAUGGCAUUCGUAAGGAAUAUAUCAAUAAUUCGCUUUUGGAGGCGUGUGCGUGCCCAUUAAUUUAUGGCGCAGAGCGGGAACAUUUUAUAGAUAAACAUGCGGAACAAAAAUUGUCUGAAAUGGCAAUUAAAUGAAACCGAAACUGAAACUUGGCAUUAAUGUGCAGCUAUAUAGAAUAGAAAUAACAGUCCCCCCUGAUAUUCACACAAUACACCCGCAAUAGUAUACACGAAUGAUGAUGGCAAUUGCCAUUGACCAAACCACCACUAAACUAUUUAUAUUUACCGUACAAUAAAGCUUUUUGGCAAAUAUCAAUGAAACU